GUAUUAUAUAUUUAGAUGAAUCAACUUAUUUUUUUAAUAAUUUCAAGAAUCAUUGUAGUGAUGAUACGUGGAUAUAUCAAAUGUUGCAAUAUUUUUAUUUUAAUAUAUAUGGGAUAAUUUUGAUGUAAGGAAAUUAGUUUAGGAUUUGGGCCUGGCCUAAUUAAUAAAAUGAUUUAACAACUUCUUAACCUUUUUAAUUGCUUUCUUCCUCGAUACCAAACCCUAAUUCGUUUUGUUUUCCAUCAAUUUCUGCGCCAUCCUGGCGACAUUAACGGUUCUCCUUUUCCGGAGGUGAAAAGAACAAACGAAUAUCUCUAGAUCUCUCAUUUGAGUGUUGACUCAUGCAACACCCUUCUGAUAUCUCUCUUCUCCUUUGAUUUUUCAUUGGACUUACCGUCUUUUUUGGAAAUAAGAAAAAGAAAACUUUCGAUGAAUGAUAUCAUUUAUCUUAGUUCAGACGAGGAGGAUGAUGAAAUAGUCGACCACACUGAUGUGUUUGACGAUGAGAAACCGAACCUUACUGGUCAUCGGAAACCAGUUUCCUCGAAUGUGAUGGUGGAGGAAGAGGACGACGAUUGUGUAGUCUUGGAUGGCGAUCCUUACAAGACGAAGGAGAAGGAGACUACAUUUCACACAUGUGAAACUGAUGAUGAUAUCCUCGUACUAGGGCAAAAGGGUGAGAUAGCAUGUAGAGACUUCCCACAUCCACGACAUGCCUGCGCUAAGUACCCUUUCAAGUCGACAUCACACGACCAGUACUGUGACAUGUGUCACUGUUAUGUUUGUGACAUACGUGCUCCAUGUCCUCACUGGUGCAUAGGUAUCCCCGCCUAUGAUCACUGCCAUGCCAAUGAUAAAGAUCAGAUAUGGAAGAAUCAACGCAAAUGCGCCAGGACCGGAAAUGUACUUCCACCUCAAUCUAUGCAACAAAACACUUGGUAUUCCUCUGUAAACCAGUUUGGGCCAUCUACUAUGGUUGCGUCUCGCCCAAACACGUACAUAAGUUCUGGUUACAGACCCGAGCAACCAAGGACCUUUCCGCAAAAUCUACAACCUCGUGCUCCUCAGCUAUACCAAAACCAAUACGGUUGGUUUAAUAAUGGUAACCCAAUCCCCCAAGUGUUCUCGUCCAGAUCGCUCACAUGGACUCAAAGGCCAAGUGUAGGAGCUACUCCUGUGGAAGUUGCUCAAGGCUUUCCGUAUAACCGUUACGUUACUCCUCCCACGGUUUUACAAGGCAAUUCACAGCAGACGUUUGCUGAUUAUACUCUAACAUCAUCUCACACUAAUGGUUACGCUAGAAAAUGUAGCUGGCCAAAUGCAGUUCCGUGUGGAACUCCUAAUCCUCCGGCGAAUCAGCAGCAACAACAACAACAAAGAAGAAGUGUCAACAAAGCACUGUCGGAGAUUGAAGACUGGCUCAUGGACAUUGGACAGUAUUGACCCGGCUUGUCCCUUGUCUGGUCAAUCCAAUUCUACGACAUUCCAAUUCGGUUUCGAAACCUUCUUUGGAUGAUUUGAACAUUAGGAUUGUCUUGAUUUUCAUAAUUUAUUAAAAUUUAGAAUUAGUAUGUACAUAGGUAGUAUUAGCCAAGAGCUUUUUGGUUAGGACGUUAAGUUUACGAAAACAUUUCGUUAUCAGUCUUUUAUUUUUAUAUAUUUGGACUUAUUUCAAUAUCAAUCUAAGUGCAUUAUCUUUUGAUUGAUUAAACAUGGUACCGUUCAAGUUUGUAACAAA